UUAUGACGCGUGUCUCUUCGCAUUGGUUUUAGUCAAAGAAAAGGCGCCGUUCAGAGUUUUGGAUAUUUCUUUGCAGUUAUCCAUAUCUCUUAAUGACUAGAUAAACUCUUGCAAAAAAACAGAGACAUUUCUUGCUUCGUGGGUUGUGCAAGAACAAAGGCAUCACCAUUUGUUAUGUGGAAUUUAACUUCAAAACCCAAUGAAGAAGGCUUUAAAUCAAUGGGAGAAGAUACUGUCAUAGAACCGAUAAAAGCUCCUCUAGAUGAUGGAAGAAAGACAAGGAAGGAAGAAAGACUAGAGUGUCCCAUUUGCUGGGAACCGUUCAACGUCUUUGAGAACGUUCCUUAUGUCUUAUGGUGUGGUCACACCAUCUGCAAGUAUUGUCUCUUGGGUCUUCAACGUGCCGUUGUGAUCAAAUCCUCAGGUUUUCCGUUCCAGCUUCCCUUCUUCGUUACUUGCCCUUGGUGCAAUAUGCUCUCUUUAAGGCUAGUACGCAGUGGAGCCAUCAAGUUUCCUUCCAAGAACUAUUACCUUUUAUGGAUGGUCGAAAGCAUGAAUGGCUCCCGCAGUGACAACAAAAGGGUCGUCGCUUCAGAGCAGAGAGAGAGGUGUGAUGAUGGAGUGUGUAACAACGCUUCAGAUGUGACCAGAGGGUACUUGAGAAGUGGGAGAGUUCAUGGAUAUAUAUGUAAGUCAAUAGCUCUUGUCGCUCGUUCGUUGGCUAAGUUUCCUUUGGUAGUCAUGUUCCUGUUGAUGGCUUUAUAUGCGAUCCCUGUGAGUGCUGCGGUUCUCGGGGUCUAUUUAUUUGUCACUAUUGCGUUGGCUGUCCCGUCGUUUCUAGUCCUCUAUUUCGCUUUCCCAAGCUUAAACUGGCUGAUCAGAGAGAUUUCAGCUUAACUCAUUGUACUGUGUGUUUGUUCCUUUGUGUUUCUUGACUUGUAAGGAACAUGAACUAUAGUGUCAAACGUUGUUAUAUUCAGUUUAUACUAGAAGAAGAGAGGACUUUGAUUUCAAA